UUCGUGACCAACUUCAAGUCCUCGGAUUGCUGUCAAAUGAUUUGUCGGGGCAUUUGUCGAAUUUGUGUUUAGUUUUUAUUAUUUUUAUUAAUUUUAGUAUUCUUUAUUUUAAUACAAGUGCUUAGAUUAUAUCCUGUACAUAUUCGUAAACAUUCCAUAAAAUGUCUAAAAGGAAUCAAACGGCAACCGUGAAUCGGGCUGAAGGCCUAGUGGAAAUUAAAUCGAAGUUUGAUGCAGAAUUUCGACGUUGGGCUUUACGACGUAACGAAAUAACAACAUUCGAUGAAUUCGCGAAAUUAGUGGAACGCCUGCAUCAUUUGAACAAUAUAGAAUUCCUCAUUUCAUAUGUAGAUCCACGCGAUAAUGAUUUAUUACCGAUUAACAACGACGAUAAUUUCGGUCGAGCCUUAAAUAUAGCAAAACCUCUACUCAGAGUCAUUAUACAAAGAAAAGGAGACUGUCGCGAAGAAAUGUCAGGUUAUGGAACGAUGAGGCCUAAAAAUAUUAUUAGUAGCAUUUUGGGACAGACGCCAGUUAAAACACGAGGUCCAACGAUUUCCAAUCCGCAUGAUUUUAGACAAGUGUCACAAAUUAUUGAUGUUGAUAUAGUGCCUGAGACGUGUCGUCGUGUACGAUUAUUAAAGCAUGGGAGUGAUAAACCUCUUGGAUUUUAUAUACGAGAUGGAACUUCAGUGCGCGUGACUUCAAAUGGGCUUGAGAAGCAGCCUGGUAUUUUUAUAUCACGGUUAGUUCCUGGUGGAUUAGCAGAAAGUACUGGUUUACUGGCAGUGAAUGAUGAAGUACUUGAAGUUAAUGGAAUUGAAGUGGCUGGAAAAACUUUGGACCAGGUUACGGACAUGAUGGUGGCAAAUAGCUCGAAUCUCAUAAUAACCGUUAAACCGGCUAACCAGAGAACGCUAGCAUCUCCGCGACGUGGUUCAUUCUCCAGAAAUAGUCAGUUAUCAAGUGGUUCACAACAAACUAGUAAUACAAAUACUUCGGAUGAAAUUGAACAAGAUGAUCAAGACGAAAUAGUUGAUUUGACCGGAGUCACACUUGAGGAUUAUCCGUCCAAAGAUGGGGUAUUACAUUUGUAGGCAUGUGUCUUAUUUUAAUGUUAUAUUUUAUUACUAUUAUUAUUAGAUAUAUAUAAAAAAAAUCUAAAAUAAAGAAAAAAUUAUAAA